GUGGAUUUGCGGCUUCCAUCACCCCAUCCAUCCACCUUCUCCUCUUUCUCUCGCAAACACCAUCCGUACACCGCACUCACCUGCAAACAUCCUCCUUCACCACCUUCACUAAUCAUCGCUGUCCACAGCAUUGAGCGUACGGCUCUGCAUCGGGCUCAAGUCCAUACAUUCUCUCUCUUUCUUUCCCGUAGUGGCCACAUCUGAAUUCUUUUCUCGGUAGCAUUGGUGGACUCCGGGGAUCGGGGGUUUCCAGCUGCAGAUUGAACAGUAUCCUCCGGUUCUACCAGUCUGCGACAGAGCCGUGCCCCAACAACUCGGCUCUCUGACACUUGCUUCGAGUUUGCCUUUCCGGAGAACGUCUUGUUUAACUCGGUUCCUCACCAUCGACGCUUCCGCAACGAUUGACCGUCAGUGGCUCCGAUAGGAAAAACAAUCCCGCAAAACGUCGACGAGUAUCCUUAGCCAAGGUGGAUUGACAGGAAAGAGCCGAACGAGAAAGGGUCUGAUACUCUAGCAACUCAAGGCAGCAAGAGAAGAAGACAGUUGUUGUGUCAGGCUUUCUGCGGGCCAAAGUUCGACAUUCUUUGGUUGAGCCAUACAGAGCGAAGUGACGAUAUUUUCACACUUUAUUUGGAAUAACGAAUUGCCCUGGGCGACGCAGAAAUAAUUUAGCGGUUGUGAGGUUGUGAGGGUUCCCAGUCUGUCUUGUAUCAGUCGAUCAUAGUCAGGCAGCUCGGCGGAGGCUUAACACAAGGUUAGUACAUUUCUUUUGCAUGGAACUUUGCAUCCCCAGCCCAUGGCGCCUGCUCCGAAAACCUCUUGAGGACUGGGGAACAGGAGGCGUUCAUGGUCUGCCUCCCAGAAGCCAGUAUCUCAUGAAGAUCUCUCUUGGUUCCCAUGCAAAAGCCAUUUUUGUGUUUUCCCAUGCAUUAUCCAGUUGCGUCAUUUUUCUUGUAUAAUAUACAACCACUCUCCCCCCAGUCUUCUUCUUUCUCUACCAGAAACGCCAUUCCACCAUGGCGCCCCUUCCAUCAUUCCAAGAGCUAGCUAACAUGCACAGGUCAGGCGAGCCGUCGCCUGGGGAGCUUCUCAGGGCCGCAAGAUCGGGCCAAACACUCCCCAGCCUUAGGGACACGGUGGGCCACGCCCUCCACGCGGAACGACCACGUCUGCUACCUCAAGUAAAUCCACCCUCUCGGAUUGCCGAGUUCUUUGUUCCGGGACACUCGACCAUCUACCUUGACGACCUUCCGAUCCGGACAUAUACCAUCAACGGCCUUCUUUACAACAUGGCUCAACCCAGAAAUGAGACCAGAAGCGACUUUGCGCGCAAGACCGUGGAUGGAAGGACAAUUACCUAUGCCCUUGAGGUCGCCCAGCAGCCAGAGAAAGCCAGAGCCUGCGGGUCGGGCGUCAAAUCAACUCAAGAUCGCCGGCCUGUCGACCCUCCGCCCGUCAUCCAACUGAGAGUAUUCAACGGCACUACCGACAUCACGUCUGUUUACGAUGCUACAUUUAUGCUUUAUGCCAGUUUGGAAGUUGCUCGACCUAUUGCUGCUGGCAAGAUGCACACCCCUCCCUCUAUCCCUGUUCUCUCCGGUGUGGCGGUUGCCAGCGCCGCCUACUUGGAAAAGCCUACCCCGGCUGCCUAUUUUAUCUUUCCUGACCUGUCAGUCCGACAUGAAGGCUGGUAUCGACUAAAGUUUUCUCUGUUCGAGGGCAUCAAGCAUCAGUGUGAUGCUGAUGUAGACAAUCCAUUCACUCGGACGUCUCAAGUUAGCGAAGACGGAGCAAGCGCCCCUGUUCGUCAUGAAAGCAUGGCCAACAGAUUGGAGGUCCAAACCAUUCCUUUCCAGGUCUACAGUGCCAAGAAGUUCCCUGGCUUGAGCAGCAGCACCGCACUGAGUAAGACCGUCUCCGAACAGGGCUGUAGGGUUCGUAUCAGGCGCGAUAUCAGACAGCGGAAGCGGCCACAGAAGGCGGAACCAGAAAUUGAGGAUAAUCGCAGUUCCUAUCAAGGAACACCGCAGAUCGCAUUUCGCACCAUGGAACACUCGCGAUCGGUUAGCCGUAAUAGCUUUGGCAGUCAAUGCGAGGCAGAAGACGCACGACGAGCUUCCGUGGAUAGCAUGUACGGCCGCGGCCCGAUCUCCAGUCGCCAUUCAUCCAUCGUCAGUCUGCCUUUGGCAAGCCCUUCUUUACCAAGUCUUGCGCCGAUGACGUCGAUGCCACCACCUCCACCUUCCUUCAAUCACUUUCAUACCUUGCGACCUGUCACAGACAAUGCAGCACAACAACCGCCGCCACCACCACCACAUAUGCCUUCAUUGGCUCCGAGAUCGUCACGGCCUACGACUCCCACUGAAAGUCGAAUCUUGCCUCCCCUAAGGACGGAAUUGCUUUCAAACAAGGUUGAGUCGCUGACACUUCCUCCCUUGAGGCUGGACAGUGCAAGUGGAAAGUCCUUCCGCCAAUGGUCGAUCCCACCUCCGGUAACAUCGACUAAACGUGGUCGUAGUGCGUACGACUACGCUUCGAGCAGCACCAUAAAGAGUGGUGCACGACCUGACCCGGUCUCUGCCGGCAUGUACGCAACCCCUCUACCCAGCGCCGAUGAUAUAAUCGAAGCGGAUCCGGAAAUCGAUGGCCCAGAACAAGACGAGCAUGAGGGCCCCCUAGACAAGGGACUGGUGCAAUACGAACGUGCAGAUGGUAGCAUGGCCAUAGUGAGACAACCGAAUAUCUUCAAGGCCGUCACGUUCGGCACGUCUGGUCUAGUAUCUGCACGCAAAUGAAGAGUUGUAAGCUAUUGUUUUUGCUGGUGUAUUUCGCGGGACUUUAGGUAACGGGGGCGUGGAGAUUAUUGGGUAUUACAGAACCGCAUGGCAUCACUACACUACAAAAAUGUCAUGUCUAUCUGGUAGGGUCAGGACCUCUAGAAACAAAAACCGGGUACCUUUCUUCAAACCUUUGCCAGACUUGAGUUUCUUUCUAGUCUCGUCUCGGUGAGCAUCAGCUUAGAUGUGCACCUAAACAUCAUAUGGAAUUAUGUACAAGGUUUCAACCAUCUCAUAGCCUCGUUUUCAUAGCACAAUGAAUCUCUUUUUUUUCACCA